AAAAAAAAAGGUGUUUUAAUUCAAUUGUAAUUGUAGCCACGGCCACCUUCCACAGCUAAAUGCCCAAUGUUGAUGUCGUUAAUACCGAAGUGUGCCAAAUCGCAGCAUAAAAGCACCUUCUUUUCAUGCUUCAAGUCAAACAUUUAAGAAAAUACUCGCAAUUCCUUUUGCUGCUAUCGGCUAACAAACACAGACCAACAUGAAGCAAUCCCCCAACUCUACAUCCACCUCCGCUGCCCAAACCCUGACCUCCCAGGAGUCUCGCCUCCUCGUCCGCGAAACGCUGCGUAUCAGCGCCAGCCUGGCCUCAAAUGCCGGUUUAAGUAGCAGCACCGGCAUACACGAAGGAGCCGCGAUACCAUUGAUGGAUGAAAACCGGAGGAUGGGACUGGUGGGGGACGAAUUUCGAGAUUCAAGUUUGAAAUUGAUUUGUUGUGAGGAAAUUGACGGAAGGAGAUGGAAGUACGUGGCCGAGAAAGAUUCCUUCGGAAAUUUCAAGAACAAUUCCAUUCGCACUGUCAGUUUGCACACCCCACAGGCACCUCUCGAUGAAAUGAUGUCAUUCGUACGAUCAUAUGUGGUACCGGAGGGCUUCCCUGAGAGUGUUACUCCUUCAUACGUGCCAUACAUGACUUGGAGAGCGUUGAAGCAUUUCUUUGGUGGAGCAAUGGGUGUUUUCACCACGCAAACCCUUUUGAACUCAGUUGGAAUCUCUAGAAAUAGUGCUACACCUGGUGCUGUUGCAAUUAAUUGGAUUCUCAAGGAUGGUGCCGGUAGGGUUGGUAAAAUGCUUUUUUCCCGACAAGGAAAUAAAUUUGAUUAUGAUCUAAAACAGCUGCGGUUUGCUGGUGACCUACUUAUGGAGCUGGGUGCUGGGGUAGAGUUGGCAACUGCAUCUGUGCCUCAUCUCUUUCUUCCUUUGGCUUGUGCGGCAAAUGUGUUGAAGAAUGUUGCUGCUGUAACAUCAACAUCGACUCGCACACCAAUUUACAAAGCCUUUGCUAAGGGAGAAAACAUUGGAGAUGUCACUGCAAAAGGAGAAUGUGUUGGAAAUAUUGCAGAUCUGUUAGGAACUGGACUGAGCAUUCUGAUCUCAAAAAAAAACCCAUCCUUGGUUACCACAUUUUCUCUCCUGUCAUGUGGAUAUGUUUUCAGUUCUUACAGAGAGGUUAGAUCUGUUGUGCUGCAUACAUUAAAUAGAGCAAGAUUCAGUGUGGCUGUAGAGUCCUUCUUAAAGACUGGACAAGUUCCCUCAUUGCAGGAGGGAAAUAUGCAGGAAAAAAUAUUUAGUUUUCCAUGGUUGAAGGACAGACCUGUUAUUCUUGGCUCAAGAUUUAGGGAUGCUUUCCAAGAUCCUGGUGCCUUUCUUGCGAUAGAACCUCUCUUUGAGAAAGAAAGAUAUAUAGUGACUUACAAUCCUUCAAAGGGAAAAGUAUAUGCACUGCUCAAGGAUCAAGCGAAGUCAGAUGACAUUCUAAAAGCAGCAUUCCAUGCACAUGUGCUCUUGCAUUUCAUUCAUUCUGCCGAUAAUAGUCUAUCAUCUAGAAGCCAGCAUGAGCAUCUCAUGCCAGCAGCUACUGAUUUUGAGCUUCAUAUUGCUGAAUCAUGUAAGAUGGUUUCAACAUCAUAUAGACAUUUCAAGAACAAUGCUGCAGAACAGGGUUGGAGGAUGUCAGACUCGCUUCUUAAUCCGGGUCGGGCUCGACUGCAUUGAUGGGCUAAAUGGGAUGAACAAGUUUGAACUCUACUGUUUACCCAAAAUUGGUUGUUGAGAUCCAAUUUCCAUACAUUGCACUUAUAUACAGCAGCGGAACGCGCAUAUACAUGACACAAGGGUUCUGAAGUCUGAAUUAGCGCUAUACCAAUGGAAGGAUGCGUCUUUGUGCAAGCCCUCGAUUUUCUACACUCGGGCCUUUAUUUGUGGAAAAUGCAUUUUCAGAAAAUUUAUAUAUGGUGUAAUUCCAUGGUGUUUAAUAUUGUCAGAUUUAAAAUAAAUUAGUUUCUAAUGCAUUGCAUAUUAUUUACACGUUUAUUUUUUAUGCAGUGGUUAAAUAAUGUAUUAUUAAUUUUGUAAUUUGUGUAAAGUAAUAUAUUCAUAAUUUUUAAUAAUAUUAAACUCUUUUGAAA